AUUUGCCUUAGAUUUUUCGGUUAAACAAGUUAAAACUUUUGAAAACAUAGAACUGUUUUCAAAAUUUUUCUAAAUUUAAGAAUAAAUAAUCAACUAUACAUAAAUAAAAACCUUAAUAUAGUACUCUUAUGGCACCAAAAGCUCAAUUCACUCUGGAAGAAAUGGCCAAGAUUGCAUUAGGCGCUCCAGAACUGACCAGUACGAGUGUCCACGUACUUCAUAGACUCAUUAAUGUGAUUCUCAAAAAACUUAAUUGCCAGAAUGAUACGGUUUCGAUUUGUGGCGUAGAAUCCGACUGCUUGGCUGAGCUCUUGAACAAAUCUAAGUCGGCCCCAAUCACAUUGGACGAUACACAGGUAUCAAUUAUUGGGCCGAAAUUGUACGCCAUCACAGAGCUGGAAAGGUCAAUCGAAGAAGUGAAAUCCAAUCUUGACAACCAUAUACAAACUGCUAGAAAGUUUGGCCACUUGUCGCAAAUGAAAUAUGACUUAAAAGAUUGGGAGAACUUUAAGCCUAAUGCAGAUAGUACAUGUAUUCCAUGUGUUGAAGAGAACACAUUCGCCUGCUAUAUGAUUGGCAAUAUUGACUUUCUUAAAAAGCUCCAACGCCGUAUUGCUGAACCCAUGAUCCUAAAUUUGUUCGAAUUCGAGCAAGAGAUCAAAGAUCUUAGUGAAGAUAUGAAUCUAUUGAUUUCCAAUGCUUCAGCAAAUUUGGAAAAAUUAGCUUUAAUUGAAGGUUGCCUCCGUGCCGUUGAGGAUCUAAAAGAGCAGAUUGAACAACAUAAUUUGCGGUUUCUGGGUACCAUGGAGGAGGUGCAGGAUAUAUUGGACUUUAAAUUGGAUAAAUUGCAAAUCCCUGCGCUUAAACGCUAUGUGACCAUCAACCUAAGCCGUAUUGAGGCACACAUAGCGGUCAUACAGAAUACGGUAGACUGUCCCAAGCCUCCAGGCAUCAUCAGUAGUGGACUGCGUUGCCUUUCUUGUGGCGAUCGAGAGGUUUGUGCUGAGAAAGGCGUUCAUGGGAUGAGCUUGCUACCGGAUGCCCACGCCUUUAUGACGGUGCGCAUGCCAAAAGUGUGCAAAUGUGCGAAAAAAUCUCUGAAACUGACUUUAGGUAGGAAUCAGACCCUUUUAAAUUCAAACAUCAUUCCUAAGCAGAUCAGAAAAACACAAACAGCUGCAGAAAUGCCUACUACGAGUGUUUACAUAGAUAACUGUGAAGCUAUUUGCGUAGAGAAUUUCAGUUUGUUCGAAGGCACCGAUGGGAACCUGUAUCGCAAAGGUUAACGACCCGCAUAGUUGUGGAUGUGUAAUCACAAUACAUGCGUACAUACACAUAUAUAUGUAUAUAUAUAUUUGCACAUAUAUUUGAAAUAAAUGACAUUUAGUUUCCUCUCGCAUAAUUAA